AGAUGAGAUGUGGAUGGCACUGGGAUUCUUCUUGGCUCUUCAAACUUCCCUUUGGCUGUGUGCACGAGGCGACAUCUCGUCACUUGAAGUAGUCGACCAUUCCUACGCAGAUACAAAUGCAGUCUCACUUGAGUGUGCCAUACACGCUAUGGAGUAUGAAUGGUACCGCGUCACUCCCCACCAACGUGAAUUCAUCCGCAACGGAUCGCCACUCACCAUAAGCGAAGUUUCCUACACUGAUCAAGGACUAUACAUAUGCAUUGGACGACGCGGAGGGAUAUAUGCAAAUGAGACGGUGGAACAUCAACUAUUGCUCACAUUAUCAGAGGUGUCUACUUUCAAAGCCUCGGUGCAACUCACUGGUGAGAUUUGGACUCCUGAUUUGAGCGACCCAUUGAGCGAUAGAUUCGAUGCUCUACGUCAAAGAGUAAACCGCAAGCAUCCUGUUUUGAUGACGUCAUGAAUACAUCCGGGACACUCCUUACGUUUGCUGACAGGAGAGUUGGUUCAAGCUGCGAAUCAUUGGAGGAAUGCAUCUCACAAACAAACAAAGGAGAGUUGUUAGCAAAGGCCUCUGGAUUGUGCUAUGGUGACUUCAUUAGUAGAAGUUUUUUCGUACCGUCAUUCGAACCGGACUGCCUGACGUUCUCGGACCCAGAUGUUAAUCAGCAGCUAGAAGUUUUGAAAAACAUGACAGUGACUCCGGAUAACGUUUAUCUAACGGGCCAAGCUCUUGCAUUUAUAACUGGAAAUACGUCUUCCAUUGGUAGUCAGGCAGUCAUUGUAACAGCAGAUAUUCUCGAUAGCAUCGUCAAUGUUAAUGACACUUCUUUCGAGGUGACAUCGUUAGUGGUUAACGUGGUAAACAACAUCCUCCAGGUUGAUGAUGAGAACUUCCUACUAUUGCGGGGUACCAACUCAACUUCUCGCAUCGUCCUAGCUCUCGAGAGGCAAAUCUCGUCCGUUCUCACUGAUGGCAGAAACUUCACUGAAGUCACGCGUAGUCUUGCCGUCAAGGCGUUGAGUAUCCCUCCAGAGGCUUCGUCCAGUGGUCUGGGGUUUGCAGCUCGUUCUGAGACUAAAGGAGACGAUCUGAUAGAGGAAGAUAUCUUUCUUUAUGAUCCCGACUAUGACGUCAUCAAUGAUCCACAAAUAUCUAUAGAGCUUCCAGUGGAGGCAUUGAGGAACAGUCAAACAGGAAAUCCCGUACCAGUUAGUUUCAUGCUCUACACGAACAGCAAGUUAUUUUCCUCUGAGGUUGGCCAGCUGUCUGAAAAACAUGACCAACAUAUUGGCACUUGGAUCAUCUCAGCUACCAUAGAGGGCGCCCCACUGGAACACCUCUCUGACAAUGCGUCUGUAGUCAGCCAUUUCACCAACAGAAAAAACUUGGCUGCUGAGAAAGUCUUGGGAUCUUCUUGUGUGUUCUGGGACUUCAGUAUUGGAGAAUGGUCAACGGAGGGAUGUAUACUCGUGGGCUUUGAGAAAGGAAAGACGGUUUGCAAGUGUAACCAUACGACGAAUUUCGCUGUUCUUGUGGAUAUCUACCACACGCACUCCAGUCUAGCCUUGGAUGUGGUCAGCAAAAUCGGUUGCGUCAUUUCCAUUGUUGCUCUGGCUCUAACCGUAACUACAUACCUAGCUGUAAAAUCUCUGCGAGAGAAGGUACCAAGCCGCAUACUGGUUAGCUUUGCAUGCUCCCUGCUGUGUCUUUACACAGUCUUCUUAGUUGGUAUCGAACAGACGUCUUCACGUGUAGGCUGCAUCAUCGUAGCCAUCUUGAUUCAUUACUUCACUCUAGCCUCUGUUGUUUGGAUGGGGGUAGAGGCAUUCAACCUCUACCUUAAGCUGGUUAAAGUCUUCAACGCCGAUGUCAGAAAUUUCAUGAUUAAGGCAUCUAUACUGGCAUGGGGCACGCCCUUAUGCAUUGUGGCUGUAAUUCUUGCUGUAGAUCACACAGUGUAUGGCAAUGACAAAAGUUGCUUCUUGAACGUUGGACCAGCCCUCUACUACGGAGUCCUGUUAAUCAUUGCUCUAAUGGUUCUUUUUAAUUCGAUCAUCUUUUCGCUGAUCUUCCAUAAACUCACAUGUAAGAAGAACAAUCUACACUGUUCAUCAUCUAAGCAAAAUAAGAUGAUGAGUCGUCUCCAGAAUAUGCUGGCAAUCUCCGUUCUCCUUGGUCUCACGUGGGUUUUUGGACUCCUCUCCAUCUUCGAGUCGUCUAGUUUUGUCUUUCAGAUUCUCUUCAGCAUCUUCAACUCACUGCAGGGCUUUUUCAUCUUCUUAUUGUUCGUCAUCCGACCGGUCAAGAUCCGAAAUCAUCUAAAGAAUCUGAUAACGAGGAAGAGAGAGAGGCUUCUCCGUAAGAGCAGUGCAUCUGACAGCAGAGUGAAAACAAGUGUUUCGAACAUCAGCCGGGUCAGAGAUGAGUCAAUGUUGAAAAAUUAACCACAAAGUGCUUAAAUUAUUACAGACAGGUUUGCGGUGACACCAUAUUCUCUAACUGAGUUGGGUGGUUCUAAGUCAACUUGACGUUUUGAUCAGUAUGCUCGGAUUGUCUUCUGGAGAGAG